AUGGCUUCCUCAACAAGGACUACCAAAGAUCUCAUGCACGAUCAGUACCGGCGGGCUGUCCGCUUCUGGGUGAUGCCGCCGGAGAAACCUGCGAAAAAGGAGGGCGCGCUGCGGUUCGGGAUCUUGGGGGCUUCUGAUUCUGCAUAUACGAUCCUCAUUAAACCGGCGGAGCACAACCCGUAUGUCGUCGUUACGGCAAUUGCGUCACAUAGCUGGCUUAACUGCAAAGAGUGGAGCAAGCGGUAUAGUAUUCCCAAGACAUACACCAUCUAUCAAGACCUACUCGCGGACCCCCAUAUCGACGCCGUCUUGGUCUCGUGCGGCGUGCAUUAUGCCUUUGAGUGGACGGUGAGGUCUCUUGCUCAGGGCAAGCACGUCCUCCUCGACUCGCCCGGGGUGGGCACCGUGGCACACGCCGAGCGGCUGUUCAACUCGCCGCUGCUCCGGGCCCCGUUGCCCUUCUACCCGGUCUUUUCGGAGGUCAUGCCGUUCCGCUUCCACCCGAGCUGGCUCGAGUUUGAAAAGGCGAUCGAUCGCGAGCGCCUCGCGCACGUCAAGGUGUCGAUUGUUCUGCCGGUCACGUGGGAGCUGGACAAGGACGUGCGGUUCCGGUUUGAGCACGCGGGCGGGUCAAAGAUGGACGUGUCGUUUGGGCUGACGCUGCUGCGGUCUGUGUUUGGGGCCAACCCCAUGUCAUGUGCACAGAGUCGCAUCGAUCUGUCACGUCGCGGAGGCGAGUGGGAGGGGGACUACGAACACGGCUCGGUCUGGCAGUUUCCGCAGGGGGGAAUCGGCGAGGUAAUGGGCACGGCACGAGUAGACUCCAGGCUCGGCGUGCCGGUGUUGUGCCCCGACGCGGGCGUCACGGUGGAGGUACGGCAUUUCACGCAGACACUGUCACCGUCGGACUGGUCCCCGGCAGGGGAGCCGCCCAAGCCGUCUCCCCCGGCGGGAUCGGCCUGGGAGGUUGUGCGCUCGGUCAAGCUGCGCUGGUUCGAUGGUCCGCCAUCGCAGCACUCGAUCGUUGUGGAAGAGACCGGGAUGCUGUACCACCUGGAUACCCACAAGCUGAUCAAGAAGCGGUCCAAGACUAAGAAGUUUCGGGCGUAUCGGCUGGGGAGAAAGGAGGAGUAUGGUGCUUCGGGCGUGACGGGAGAGGUCCCGGUUGCUUCCGCUCCUGCUACAGUCGUCGAGCCAACCCCGGAGGAAAGCAACGUAAAUCUUCGUCAUCGCAACAGCACCAUCAACACGACCAAGAAGCCCGCUCCCGAGCCCGUUACCCCACACCGGCUGCUUCGCUCCAAGCCCUGGUGGACAGCGCCCAUGUACCAGCUCGACAGCUUCGUCAACCGCAUCCGGACAUCACGCAACCCAGACGUGGCGAAAUCACUGGCACUGUCGACGAUUCACAGGGCGGCCGUGCCACCACCGUGGAUCUCACCCACGGAUGGUCUGGGGCAGGUUAUGAUCCGGGAAGCCGCGUACGAAAAGGCCAACAGGUCGCCGCGUACAUCAGCACACGUUGGGUGGGAAUCUGAUGUGAAGCGGAUGAAAUUUGGGGCGAGACUGCUCGGGAUCGAGCGCGAGAGCGAUGACCGCCGGAACAACCGCCGGGACAACCACCGGGACAACCACCGGGAUGACGGUCAGGACGACGGUGGAAGUGAGAGCGACGGUGGAAGUGAGAGUGACGGUGGAAGUGAGAGCGACGAUGGGGGUGGAGGCAGGGGCGGAGACAGGGUUAUAUCUGUGGGUUCUGAGGGUAUAGUCGCGAGGAUCCGUCGAAAUAUGAAUGUGGUGAUGACCGGUGCUGCUGGUCCGGUAACGGGUGAAAUUCGAUCUGGGGCCAGGUCAAGGUCGGGCCCCAACCCCAACCCCUAUCUUUACCGGCCGGAUCCUACCCAUCCUACCCCCACACCCACUCCCGCUCCCGUCCCCGUCCCCGCCCUAGACGCUCAGGGGCUGCCGGAAAACUUGCCUGGGGACCUCCGGAGUCGACUAUCCGCCGGCCUCGAGUUAGCGCACGAGCUAGGGGUGGUGCCGGCCGUGACGGGGCCGGAGGCGGCCGCAUUUGUCCUACCGUGGCUUCAUGGCCUACCUGAUUGCGGGUGGGUGCCGGCGAAUGCGGUGGAUAGCCGGUUGGUUCCUUCGGCGCAGGAACAGAGAUGGUUUGAUUCAAUAUAUUCUUCGCCUCCGCAGGCCACGACUGCCGUUACACCGAUGGAUAAUGCCACGAUGUUGAAUGUGGCCCAACCGUUCCAGGAUCCUGCCAUUUUCUCCCGCCACCACAGGCUGAUGGUGGUCCUGUACGAGAUGAUGACGGUGUGCAGACCCAUGGUGGUAGAGGGGGACGACAUCAUGGUGACAGUUCAAGGCCACACGGUGAUGGUUCAGGACAACAUGGCGGUAGUGGUGGCGGUCCAGGACAUCAUAGCGACGGUUCACGACCUCAUCAUCACAGUUCAAGGCAUCAUGGUGAGAGUUCGAGGCAUCCCGGUGGUGGUUCAAGCUCACAUGAUGCUGGACCAGGGCCAAGCAGUGCUGCUCCGAGGUUCCAAAAUGGUGGACGCAACCCGAGGCCUAUUGGUUCUAGACACUAUAGGGAUGGCUCAAGACACCACCAUACUGACGGUCCAAGACAUCCUAGUGAUGAUUCUAGACAUCCCGGCGAUGGCUCAGGACAGCAUGGUGAUAUUUCAAAACAGCAUGGUGGUUCGAGACAUCAUGCUGACGGUCCAAGGCAUCAUAGUGGUGGUUCGAGACAGCCUGUUGAUGUUUCAAGACAUCAUGGCGAUGGUUCACGACAUCACGGUGGUGAUUCCAGCUCACAUGAUGCUAGGCCAGGGCCGAGUAGUGGUGAUUUGA